GUUCACCAGCGUUGCAAUGAGUGGAUCUGCUGCUGCGAGCAAUUUUAAGACGUUCAAGGAGCUCUUGAUUACACGCCGCGGCCAACUCUUAGUUGUUCAGAUCAAUCGGCCAGCGGUACAGAAUGCUCUGCGUCGUCGCACCAUCAAUGAGCUGUUACGCGCUCUGGACAUAGCCAAUGCGGAUGAGGGCAUCAGUGUUAUUUGUCUGACGGGCAAUGCGACCGCCUUCACAUCGGGCAAUGACCUGACCGAACUGCACAACUUGCAGCGCAAGAGCGGAGAUGACGUACUAGCUGCUCACCUCAACUCCUCGAACUUUGUGUUAAAGGCACUGGUGAAGAAGAUGUUGUUGAAUCGUAAGGUGGUCAUCGCUUUGGUCCAGGGCAAUUGUGUCGGAAUGGGCGUUGUCAUAGCCGCGCUAUGCGACAUUAUCUAUGCCACAGAAACCGCCCAAUUCUGGCUGCCCUUCUCCCAACUGGGCCUUUGUGCUGAGGGUGGCGCCAGUUGGACGCUGCCACAUCUACUUGGUCGCACAAAGGCGACCGAGCUGUUGCUCUUUGGUGAACGUCUAGAUGCCCAAUCGGCGCUGCGCCAUGGCAUGGUUGCCAGCCUGGUGCUUGAUGAGCAGGAGUUCUGGACGCGCAUGGAGCAGCAUUCGCAGCUGCCGAUCGUCUCGUUAAUGGCCACCAAACGCCUUCUGCAGCAGCCCUGGCGACAGCAAGUGCUCGAUGCUCUGGACGCGGAAUGCAGCCAGCUGAACGCAUUGCGUCGUGGUCCGAUUUAUCGCGCACAGUUCUUGGCCUUUGCCAGACGCAGCAAGCUGAGCAAACUUUGAGCAGCAGAUGCAGAAUUCAAUAAAUUUAUUGUGUUUUUUUUUUCGUUUGAUAUGAGCUAUGCUCUUAAGAAGUUCAAUCAAAUAGAAUAACAACGUUACACGCAAAAUAAUAAUUAUUUUUUUUAAUAAGCUCAAAAAUA